AGUGAUCUUUCUCAUCAAUGGAGUUAGCACACAGCACAGCACUUUUUGGGUUAUAAAUUCUCACAACUCAUUUCAAUUCCAACUCAGACUCUCUUUGUUUUUCCCUUUUUGCUCUUCUUCACUUCCUCUGGUUCUGAUUUGACUGUUUCUUUUCUGUUUUCCGGUGGCUAUUUUCGACAGCCAUGGGCGGUGGGCCGCCGUAUUUGGAACUCUUUGUUGAGGAGACUAGUUUCUACAACCGCAUUGUUUUGGGAACCAUUUUUCCAAACUUUAGUUUAGACCCAUUUCCUCAUAUUCUUCAAACUUGGCUUCGAAACUGCGUUGGUGGAUUCUUAAUUUACUUCUUUUCUGGCUUUCUUUGGUGCUUUUACAUCUAUUACUGGAAGCGCAAUGUCUAUGUUCCCAAAGAUUCUAUUCCAUCUAAUAAAUCGAUGCUCUUGCAAAUCCUUGUAACAAUCAAGGCCAUGCCAUUGUACUGCGUCCUUCCAACUUUUGCUGAAUAUGUGGUUGAACAUGAUUGGACAAAAUGCUAUCCAAGGGUACUCGAUGUCGGAUGGCCUGCUUAUGCCUUUCAUAUAAUUACUUAUCUUACCUUUAUAGAGUUUUGUAUCUAUUGGAUGCAUAGGGGACUGCAUGAUAUAAAGCCUCUUUACAAGUAUCUUCAUGCUAAACAUCAUAUCUACAACAAGAAAAUUACUCUCUCCCCCUUUGCUGGUUUAGCAUUUCACCCUAUGGACGGGAUAUUGCAGGCAAUACCUCAUUUGUUUGCUUUAUUUCUCAUUCCAACCCAUUUUAGAACACACAUUGUGCUGCUAUUCUUCGAGGUUGUAUGGACAGCAAACAUUCACGACGGCAUCCACUCACGAAUGUGGCCAGUUAUGGGUGCUGGCUACCACACAAUUCAUCAUACAAGAUACCGCUACAAUUAUGGCCAUUACUCCAUAUGGAUGGAUUGGAUGUUUGGGACGCUCCUUGAUCCAAUGGAUAUAGAAGCCAAGGGGUCGUGAUUGGUCAUUGCUUUGACAUCAACUGCUUAAUUGUUAUGGCGCUUGAUGAUUCUUUGUGUUCAAUGUAAAUCAAGUUAGUUAACGAUUAGAUCAGGUCUUCUAGUAUGUUACAGAAUAAGUUGUCAUUCCAGGGUAAUUUGUGAAGCCAUACAUACCAUCACAUCACACAUUCAUUCUCAGUGUCCAGGAAUCCACAAGGCCUGUGUGCUGCUAUUGAUAAUGGUAAAUGGUAAGUAAAACUUGUGGAGGCAUUAGUUAUAUCUUUGUAUAUCAUAUUGAAAUGAAAACUUAUGUGAAAAAAAUAGCCAAUGAUCAUGUAUGGGGAAUGGACUUCAUGAUUUCCCAUUUUAAUAUCUGCAAGUCUCCAAAUGUAAUUGAAUGAAAGCAGAAAAAGAAAAGCUAGUCA